ACUGGAUUUAAUGCGAAGUGAAAAGUGAAGUUGCAGCCAGUAGUAACAUGAAGAGCUAUAGAGGACGCUUAAGUAGAAGCAGUUUGUUUGUAGCUUACAAUCAAGUCGACUACUAUUUUGACGUUAGGAAAGUAGCUCAAUAAUUUGCAGACAUGGAGACCACCUCAGACAGCGUAACCAACGCUGUCCCAGUCAAACGGGCUACGCAACAGGGCCGCAAGAAAUCUGGGCCUAAGUUCGAGCUGUCAGAGGCGCAGAAGUUAGACAUAAAGGAGGCCUUUGAUCUGUUUGACAAUGAAUGCACUGGCUACAUUGAGGUCAAAGAGCUAAAGGUGGCCAUUAGAGCUCUGGGCUUUGAGCCGAAAAAGGAGGAAAUCAAGCGAAUGAUCGCCGAGAUUGACAAGGACUGCAGCGGACGGAUUGUGUUUAAUGACUUUCUGCACCUGAUGACUAUGAAGAUGGCUGAAAAGGACACUAAGGAGGAGAUAUUGAAAGCUUUUCGACUAUUUGAUGACGACGAGACAGGGAAAAUCUCCUUUAGGAAUCUGAAAAGGGUGGCCCGCGAACUGGGCGAAACCCUAACGGACGAGGAAUUACGCGAGAUGAUCGACGAAGCCGAUUUAGACAACGACGGUGAGGUCAACCAGGAGGAGUUUCUGAGGAUCAUGAAGAAGACUAAAAUCUUCACAUCUUUAUUACCGUAAAUUAGCCAGCUCAAAGCAAAGAGCUAAAAUUACGGAAAAAAAUGCCUUUGAAUCCUUUUAUAGGGAAGGCUUCCAAUAAGAAAAGAACUUCCAGGAAGUACGAGUUACUCCCACAGUUUUAACCAAAACAAGAGAAAUUGCUAUAGGCGAUGACCUUGAUUAUUAGGUACCCCUUACUCGACUCGGCUAGGGAUACUGAUAAAGAAUUCAUAUACUUUA